GAGAGAAAGAGAGGUAGCAGCAGAUGGACCGCUGCACAGCCUGCAACACACUUGCAAAGGACAGGCUGUGUGUGUGUGUGCCUGUGUUUGUACGCAUGCAUACUGUAACAGAGGGGGAACUGUGUGCGGGAUAAUGCUUGUGAACGGGUGAGCGCCUUUCAUGUCCUCUGGAACUGGAUGCAGAGAGCAAUAAUCCUCUUGAGAGGGGGGGGAAAAAGGAUACAGACAAGUGAACAGGAGGAUAGAACGGCUUUCUAGGUGCAAGCCCAGCAAACCACCGUAGUGAGACAUCUAGCAAUGUGCAUGAGCGGUUAGGAGAGUCUUGAUAAACGCUGCAGAUGGCCGCUUUGUUUAUUUGACAGCACCACUUUCUCUUGCCUAAGAAGAAGAGCACGGCGGCGUCUUUACCCCAAGGUAGAGUAGUGUGGUGAGCUUCUGGAGCGCAGACAGAGGGACUCUCUAUGGUGAAGAUGAGCCUGGACCCUGUGCAGGUGAUGAGCGGACAGGUCAAGGAGCUCAAAGUUGCCCCCUCGUCCAACGGGGAGAGCAGAGGAUCAUGGGAAGAGAAAGAAGAGUUUGACAAAGACCACCUGGGCCUCACCACCAAGCCAAAAACACCGAAGCCGGAGAACGCGGUGACUGUUGCUGUCUCUUCUCGGGUCUUGUUUCGCACCGAGCGCGAGCAGAAAGUGUUUGAGCAGCAGGGUGUGGAGGAGUAUCUGAGGUAUCAGAUCGAACACGAGAACGAACCCUUCACCCCUGGACCUGCUUUCCCCUUCGUCAAGGCUCUGGAGACGGUCAACUCUCGGCUGAGAGAGCUGUACCCACAGAGUGAGGAGCUGUUCGACAUCGUGUUAGUGACGUACAACCACGCACACGUAGGAAUCCGCCUCAUCAACACCAUCAACCAUCACAACUUGUUCAUUGAGAGGUUUUGUAUGACGGGGGGAAGCAGUCCUAUCGGUUACCUGAAGGCCUGGCAAACCAACCUCUACCUGUCUGCUGACGCUGAUAAGGUCAGGGAGGCACUGUCUGAAGGCAUCGCAGCAGCUACCAUGUUCAUGACGGAGAAGCUGACUGAGGUGUCAGAGUCUCAGCUGAGAGUGGCGUUUGACGGCGACGCGGUCCUCUUCUCCGAUGAGUCCGAGCGCAUCUUCAAGGCCCACGGGCUGGACAAAUUCUUCGAACACGAGAGGGAGAAUGAGGACACGCUACUGGAUCAUGGUCCUCUGAAGGGCUUCCUGGAAGCAUUGGGGAAGCUCCAGAAGAAGUUUUACGCUAAAGGCCAGCGCCUGGACUGUCCCAUCCGCACCUACUUGGUCACAGCUCGCAGCGCGGCAAGCUCCGGGAUCCGGGCGCUGAAGACGCUCAGGGCCUGGGGGCUAGAGAUCGACGAGGCCUUGUUCCUUGCGGGUGCACCGAAGGGCCCCAUGCUGGAGAAGAUCAGGCCGCACAUCUACUUUGAUGAUCAGAUGUUUCAUGUGGAGGGGGCAGCAGAGAUGGGAACCGUCGCUGCGCACGUUCCCUACGGCAUUGCGCAGAAACACAACCCCAAACACAAAGCCAGCGUGGGGAAGUAGACGGCAGAUAAUGGCGCAGGGGAGGGAUGGGAUCGGAUGGAGAAGAGGCUUGUAUGGGAGGAGAAAGGUGAACGUUUGGAAAUGCAUCAUUUCCAAACUCCAGCGACUUAAAUGCUAGUUUCUUUGAUCACAGUGUCCACUGUCUCAGUUUAAUGCUAUCGGGUUAGGACUAGAUAGGGGUGGGGGAAAAGGUCAAGUAGCGGUCUGGAACCUGAGAUGACCUGAAUGCUAAUGUCUCCCUCACCUAUACAUUUCAAAGCCUCCAUCCACUGAAUACUGGUGUAUUUUAUCAAAUCUUGCUACGUAUGGGACUUUCAUAAGGUGCUUGAUUGCCACGGUGAACUUUUUCUCACCAAUACUUGUCUUCGUGAAGAAGACACUACUUCAGUGCUGCAACACUGGAGGGCACUGAACAGAUAGUUUCACUGACUCCUGUGUGUAGCGGUUUACUUAGGAGUAAACUACUGUAUGUUGUCAAUAAAUGAGCCAUAAGCACAAUGCAGAGAUGUUAUACAUAUAAAGGUUAUAGUGAUGUACUGAAGCACAAGAGUUAUUAUUUAAAGUUCCUGUGUCAAUCGUUUUUAAAGGUUGACUUCACAACAGUGUUAAAUCGGUUGUUUGCAAGUGUACGAAAUGUGUUGUAUAUUCCUGCUCUUUGCUGUACUCCAAAUUGCAUAUAGGAAGCCAUAAGUUUCAGUUGGUGCCUUAAGAGUAGAACUACGCACCUCUGGGGUGAAUGUAGGCGAGAGCGUGCAGGCGGUUUCUUUUAUACCUCUAUGUACAAUGUUUCUGUUUGUUUUCACCUCCCUCGUUCUUUAGCUUUCGUCCUGACAAGAGCUAAAUCAACCAAUCAGUUCAUUGUUGAGCCUUGGCUACCUACUGUAUAGCAGCCUCCCUCCAGAUGCUUCCUUGUAUAGAAAAGUAUAGUUCCAUCAUAAAAUUUGAUUGCAAACUUU